UUCGGUCACACUGGAACUGACAGCUUUGAUUUUUAAAUUAAUAUCCAAUUCCGAGCACAGGCAGAGAUUAUCAGCACAAAAGCGGAAUCAAAUAUGACUCAUAUUCUGGAAGAUCCGUCCUAUCGAAACUACUAUUUCAAGGACUCGAUUGCCUACACCGAGGAUCACAUUCCCGUGCAGAAGGUCCACAUUUACAAUGUUUUGCCGAAGAAGUUGAACAAAAAAAUGCUUGAGCAUUACUUUGGGAUCUAUGGACGCGUGCUUCGUCUGGAGGUCUUCAAGCCUAAGAGUGGAGAACGCUGGCGCAGACUGACCGGCUUCGUUUUGUUUGCUAAAAAAAGAUGUGCCGCCAAAGCCCUGAACCGCCGAAUCCAUCGUCUGCACGGGACUAGUUUUAAUGUGAUGGCCAGUGACAGCUGGCACCAGCCGGAAGCCUAUGGAAUGUCCCGUGAUCCGCCGGAGAUCCUGCCCAACACGGAGCACCCAUCGCCGCCGGCUAUCAUGAUUCUCAAUGACCACUGCCUAGAGCAUGUUUUCCAGUACCUAACUUUGCCGGAUCAGGUGCACUUUGCCAGGAGCUGCCUACGCUUUAGGGGCAUCUACCAGAUGGCCACCACACGGCUGCACAAGUCGGUGAACUUGAGCCAGUUCAAUAACAUGACCGUCUGGGACAUGCGCGACUUUUUUGAGCUGUCCGGUUCUCAUGUAGAGAAGUUGAUGGGCGUGUUGCCCAUGAUCAACUCGGAACGGCUAACUAACUUCUUGGCCCUUAGGUGCACUAAUCUUAUGACAAUGAAAUUGUUCAAGUGUCACAAUAUCUUGCCCAACAUGCACAAAAUAUUCUCCAAGAUGCACAAGCUGGAAACGCUGGAACUACAGAAUUCGAAUAUAGAGGACGACUCUCUCUUGACCCUGCGAAAUCUGCGUAGCCUGAAGACGCUCAAUUUAGAUGGCAAUCAGUUAAUCGGCUCUACGCUGGCCAAGUUACCGGUCACCAUAGAGUCGUUGUCACUUAACGACUGCGGCUUAUGUGGUGGUUACCUUACAGCGAUUGGCAAGGUCUUACACCAGCUGAAGAAACUUAGCAUUAUCGAUAUAGUUGACGGUUCUGUGGACUUCCAAACUAUAAUUCAGGACAAGUCCUUUGCCUUGCUGGAGACCCUGCGGAUCACCGUCGACGAAGACGAGAAGUACGAGCUUGUGGCGCAAUUGCCCAGCUUGAAGAAUCUGACUAUAUAUACGAGUUUCGAGGAUGGGCUUCGCAUAGAGCUACUCGAGCAGCUGGUGAAGCACAAGUCUAAACAGUUGGAAAAACUUGAAAUAUUUGGUCCCAUACAGUUGACAAAGGAAAUGCUUAUCCACAUCUCCAAACUUGAAGGAUUACACACUCUAAUUGUUAGCCAUGUUAAGUCUGACAAUGACCUUGUCUUACUCUCUAGUCUUGUCAAUCUAGAGCAGUUCACCCUCCGACAAUCGGGAAACGUAAGCGAUUUUGCGGUCCUGAAGUUGUUUCGCUCCUGUCGUAAACUAGACUACCUGUAUCUGGAGAACUGCGAGAUUUUGACCCACAGGUUGGUACUUGACAUAGUGGGCCAGGUGCGCAAGGAAAUGGACAACAAGAAGAUGCAUCGAAAGUUACCCAUCCAACUGGGAACCUUACAAUUGGACUACGACGAAAAAACUCUCAUCCAGGAGCAUCCUGUUAGAGUGCCCAAAGAUAUUAUCACAAUACUAUACGAUGAAUCCGCCAAAUUUGAUUUGUCACCUAAUUAUUCGGUAAGUGAUGACGAUGACGACUUGGAUUUUGAUUUUGGAUACGGAUACGUUCAUCCCUCGUGGCCAUACGACAGUGAUGGAGACUUUGUCGGCUUGGGACUGUUUGGCGACGAUUCGGAUUGAUUACCGUUAAAUCUCAACAACCACUGAAACAAAGUAUUCAUUUCAGGAAAAAUAAUCAAUAUUUAUUUUCAUUGUCAAAUGGAAUUUUAAAUCUCAUUGCCAAAUAAAAAAGGAA